AUGAACUUUGGGAAUCAUUUGCAGCCCUGGGAGCCAGAGCUGUUGGCGGAAAACUCGGUAGCCUGGUCGUUGACUGAUUCGGAUGCUUGGGGCCCGGAAUCAUUACUUUUGGCAACCGAUGAUUCGGGCGUUGUAUUUUUAAACCAGGGCCUUUCAAUGCCUCUUAUCGAGCCUGGUGCACGUAUCCAGCAGUUGGCCGUCGAAGAACAUUUUGGGCUAUUUCUUGCUCGGAUCGAAAAAGGAAAAGACGCUGGAUUGAUUGCAUUUCCGCUGACUGAUUUACGAGCAGCUGUACAAUCGGGUCAGUUGAUAAGAAGAGAGGCCUGUCUCGAGCAUCGGAUACCAACAACGAAAGGUUAG